AUGAGGCCAGCAAACACAAUCCCAACCACCAGCCCUCCAUUUUGGCGAUGGAGUUCCCCACUCCUCUACCUCUUUAUCAGCUUAGCUUUGCUGUUAGGACUCAUCACCAUAGCAUUAAUUAUUCUGUUUUGUUCACACCGGAAACAAAAUUCCAACUCGCCAAUUGAAGCUGAAGAGAAGCCUGAGGCUAUCAAACCUACCAAAGCCGAGGCCGAUCUGGCGCCGACGGUCGUCGUCAUCAUGGCCGGAGAUGACAAACCCAUGUACCUUGCAGCGCCGGGAGGAGAUGAGUUCGCUGGUUCGCACUUCGCUGGGUUCCACUUCGCUCGGUUCGAAGAUCGCUUGACCUUGGUCGCUGAUCGCUACACCCUAGUCCCUAAUCGCUGGGUUCAAAGAUCCCUGACUGGACCCUCGUCGCUGAUUGCUGGGUUCGAAGAUCCCUCCCUGCUCCCUGGUCGCUGA